AUGGGUAGCAUAACUCAUGAACCAAAAUACACCAACGAGCCAAUUGCUAUUGUGGGUAGCAGCUGUCGCUUCCCAGGCGAUGCAACCUCCCCAUCAAAGCUUUGGGACCUCCUCAAGAACCCCAGAGAUGUUGUCUCUGAGAUUCCUUCCACUCGGUUCAACACAACCGGUUUCUAUCAUCCUGAUAGUCAGAAUCAUGGCGCACACCCAAGAGCCUUUGACAGAGACUUCUUUGGCAUCAGCCCAAAAGAAGCUCAAUCCAUGGAUCCGCAGCAGCGCAUGCUGCUCGAAACAGUCUAUGAGGGCAUCGAGUCUGCUGGCUACUCAAUGCAACAGCUGCGCGGAUCCAAUACCGCUGUCUUUGUCGGUGUGAUGUUCCUCGACUAUCAGCUCAUUUCCGCCCGAGGCCUUGACAGCCUACCACAGUAUCAUGCUACCGGUGUUGCCAUGUCUAUCUUGGCCAAUCGUCUAUCUUACUUCUACGACUGGAAAGGACCGUCUGUGGGUAUUGAUACAGCAUGUUCUUCGAGUUUGGUGGCGUUACACUACGCCGUGCAGACUCUGAGAAGUGGCGAAGCCAAGAUGGCUGUUGCAGCGGGAUCGAACCUGAUCUUGGUGCCAGAUCUGUUUGUGUCUGAGUCAAGUCUCAACAUGCUAUCUCCCAACGGACGCUCCUAUAUGUGGGAUAAGGACGCCGACGGCUACACCCGUGGAGAAGGAACUUCAGCUGUCAUUCUCAAGACUCUCAGCCAGGCCAUUUCUGAUGGCGAUCACAUCGAAUGCAUCAUUCGAGAGACAGGCGUCAACCAAGACGGCCAAACUCCGGGUAUAACUAUGCCUAGCCCAACGGCGCAAGCAGAACUCAUCAGGUCCACUUAUGCCAAGGCAGGUCUUGAUUUGAGACUCGAGUGCGAUCGACCACAGUAUUUUGAAGCCCAUGGGACUGGAACACAGGCCGGCGACCCAAGGGAGGCUGAAGCAAUCUCGACAGUCUUCUUUCCCAAAGGUUCAAUUUACGACCGCAAACUCACAGUUGGCUCUGUGAAGACCCUGAUAGGACAUCUCGAGGGUAGUGCAGGCCUCGCUGGUGUCUUGAAGACAUCCCAGGCUCUUCAACAUGGCCUAAUCCCCGCAAAUUUACACUUCAAGACCCUCAACCCCAAGAUCGAGCCGUUCUAUACAAAUCUGCAAGUCCCGACUGAAACGCAGCCAUGGCCAGCUCUACCCAACAGUUGGACUCGCCGUGCUAGUGUAAACAGCUUCGGUUUUGGAGGAACAAAUGCGCACGCUAUCCUCGAGGCCUGGAACAGCAAAGGGCACGAGUCAGACAGUCAUUCGAAGAGUGUAGGUGGCCUAUUUGUGCUAUCUGCAAACUCAGCGCAGUCCUUGGCUUCGAGGGCGUCGCAACUCUGUCAUUACUUAGAAAGCAACCCUGAGACGGACCUGCGGCGUCUGUCAUACACCCUCUUCCAACGUGCCAACUUCAGCUUCCGCGCAGCCUUCUCCGCGACAAGUGUACAGCAGCUUACCGAAAAGCUCAAGACAGCUGUUCUAAACAAGACCUCUCGCACCGCCAGCAUCCCGGAGAAUAUGCCCCCACGCAUCCUUGGUGUCUUCACAGGUCAAGGUGCUCAGUGGGCUACCAUGGGUGCAAAACUUUAUGAAUCGUCAAUUGUUUUCCGCAGCGCUUUCUCGCGUAUGCAGGACAGUCUUGACGAACUGUCUGUCAAAGACGGACGUCCAUCGUGGUCUCUCAUUGAAGAACUCCGUGCUCCUCCUGCGACGUCACACAUAGGUGAAGCAGCUGUAUCACAGCCGAUAUGUACAGCUGUGCAAGUGGCCCUUGUCGACAUGCUGUCUGCGGCUGGGGUACAGUUCUCGGGCGUUGUUGGCCAUUCAUCCGGUGAAAUUGCUGCUGCGUAUACGGCUGGCUACCUCAAUGCGCACGACGCUAUUCGCAUUGCGUACUUCCGCGGACUCCACUCGAAGAAAGCACAAGGACCUGAUGGAUGUAGCGGCAAGAUGAUGGCCGUUGGCAUGUCGAUUGAUCAAGCUGCUGGCUUCUGCGCGGAGUCGAGAGGAACGAUAAAGAUUGCUGCCAGUAACUCGGCUCGCAGUUGCACUCUUGCGGGUGACGCUUCAGCUAUUGACUCUGCCAAAGAGAAGCUCGACGCUGCUGGCACAUUUGCGAGGGUUUUACAGGUCGAUACCGCCUAUCACUCGCAUCACAUGCAGCCAGUCGCCCAGCCAUAUCUCGACUCGCUUCAAAAGUGUAGCAUCAAGAUUAACACAAAGCCCGGAACCAAUGUUGUCUGGUAUUCGAGCGUGUGGGGAUCCAAUGGACGCAGUCGCUCGUUUAGUGGAAAGGACGCUGAGUCACUGAAGGGCCAAUACUGGGUUGACAACAUGACCAACACAGUUCUUUUUAGUCAAGCUGUCCAGCGAGCUGUCAACGAAAGUCAUGUGUUUGACUUUGCGCUCGAGGUUGGACCUCACCCUGCUCUAAAAGGCCCUGCUACUGAGACCAUCAAUAACAUGACGGGUAUUGGCCUGCCAUACUCGGGUGUGCUUAAGCGCGGUCAGCAUGACGUGGAGUCUUUCUUUGAUGCUUUGGGACUACUAUGGAAAACAUUUCCACUCCAAAGUGGACGGUCUAUUGUCAGCUUCGACGGCAUUGAGCGAGCCUUUGCGCCUGGUGGGAAGAACAACAGGCUAGGUCUUCUCAAAGACCUACCAUCUUAUCCAUUCGACCAUGAUAGUGUAUACUGGAAAGAAUCUCGUCACUCCGCGAUUGUACGUACACAGAACCAGAAGCGCCAUCAGCUCCUAGGCUCUGCCUCUACCUUUGGUAGCGGGAAGCAGCGUGAGGUUCACUGGAAACAAGUCCUUCGUCUUGAAGAGAUUCCCUGGCUAUUUGGACACACUAUUCAAGGAGAAUACCUGUUUCCGGCAACGUGUUAUGUCACAAUGGCCUAUGAGGCAGCCAUUAGACUUGUCUCCCCAGCGCAGGAAAUUCGACUUGUCGAGCUACACGACAUCGAUGUCUUUCGUGCUCUGAGCCUCAAAGCUGACUCUCCCGGAACUGAGAUCCUCUUUGCGGUACGCAUUACAAGCCAAUUGGACGGUGUGAUCACGGCAAGCUGGUCUUGUUACAGCAACCCGGUUGAUUUCGAACAUGGCCAGAAUCUUGGAGAUAUGCCAGCUCAAGCUGAGUCUCACGUUGAAGGAUUCUUGCGUAUUGAGCUUGGUGCUCCCAGAGAUGAUAUACUUCCUGCCAGAUCGGAGCCAAUUCUGCCCUUGAUUCCACUUGACGUCGAAGAGCUCUAUGACACUCUGGCUGUCUUGGGCCAUGGUUAUAAGGAGCAUUUCCAGACACCUAAAAUGCUUCGCCGUUUGCACCACGCUGUUGUCAGUAUGCCUGCUGGAUGGCAUGAAGCGAACUCAUUGACCCGUUCCGAUGUCAACCCCGCGGCCUUGGAUACGGGUAUCCAUGGGCUAUUGGCUGGUUACUCGUGCCCAGGAGACAGACGGCAACGGUCAGCUUACCUUCCAAGUCGUAUUGACAGCAUUCGGAUUAGCAUGGUGGCCGUUCCCGCUGUAGAUGGCGAUGGCCCUACAGAACUGCUGGCAGACUCCUUUGUCACCCAUGGCGAUGCCAGCCGUAUCAGCGGUGAUAUCAAUGUCUUCAAUCCCGAGAAUAACAAGACACAUGUUCAGAUCCGCGGAGUGCACUUAUUGAAUCUGCCCGGCUCACUCAGAUCAAGCCGAGAAACCUACCAUCAAGAUAUCUGGGAACGCGACGCUUUGUGUGGCAUUGAACCUGAUCGGAAGUCGAUCAUCUCAAACAAUAGGGCUCAAAUUAGCAAUUUGGCCAUGCGUCUGGUUCUAUUCUACUGUCAGAAGGUUCUCAAAGAGCUUAAGCCGUUUGAGAUCAUGCUCAUGGGAAAAGCCCGCAAAAACUUUUUGACAUGGGUACAGAAGGUUCUUAUUCCCAGCGUGAGAGCUGGAGAGCACGAGGCCAACAAGGAGUGGCUUGAUGAUAGCGAAGCAGAGUUGAACCAAGAGGUUGAGAGACUCAAGCUCGCAAACUCAGCCGACGUCGUUCUCUUGGAGCGUCUUGGACGUAAUCUGACAUCCAUCACCCGUGGUCUCACUGCAGGUGUCAAAGUAGCUGAGCAAGAAAACGCGCUUCAAAGGUUUUACGCCGACAGCUUUGGCUUCCGAGAAACCACUGCUGAUGCAGCUGCCCUUGUUUCACAAAUAUGCCAUCGUUACCCAGCUAUGAAGAUGAUCGAAGUUGGUGCUGGGUUCGGCUCAGGCUUACGAGACGCGUUGAUCAAUGCUGCAGGCAAGCGCCGUUACACAUCUUACACAGUUACCAAUACUGUUGAGCCUUCUGAUGAUGACUCGAAGCUCAUCUUCAAGCUUCUUGACAUCGACAAGGACCCAGUUCAGCAAGGGUUUGUCGAAGCAUCAUACGAUUUGGUCAUCGCCACAACUUCAUACUCUACCAAAGUCAGCCAAGAAACGGUGAUCAAUGCGAGAAAGCUGCUCCGCCCGGGUGGAUUCCUUCUCCUUGUAGCUCUGACCAACGACUAUCUUCCUGUUCGCUUCGUUCAGUCCCUGCUCCCAAGAACUUGGCUGGAGAAGGACGAUUCACGGCCACAGAUAAUCACGGUCUCCGACUGCGAUGCGUUGCUGAAAGUGAACGGAUUCUCGGGCGUUGAUGUCACCUACACGCAGCAUUUUUGCAGUGUUAUGCUCUCGCAAGCUGUUGACGAUGUUGUUCUUGCUGUGCGUGAUCCAAUUACUGUGACGCAGAAGAUUGAUGCAGAAAUCUUGCUGGUUCUAGAUCCAUCACCUAGCACGAUUGUUGAAAACCUCGCUUCUCAGCUAGAAGACAGGCUUGCCUCAUUUGCUACAGUGCGGAAGGUCUCGGGCCUUGAAAAUAUCAACGUUGCCCCAGAGGCCAUUAUUCUGAAUCUCUGUGAUCUCGAUACUCCAGUCUUCCAAGAGAUGAGCGAGCUACGCUUCAAGGGUCUGCAAGAGAUAAUGCGCCAAGCGAGCGUCCUCCUCUGGAUUACAGAGGGUGCCAGAGGUGGAGCUAAGCCUGCGAAUACUAUGGUGCUUGGAUGGGGACGAUCUGCACGCCUAGAGCGGUCUACUAUGAAGCUUCAAAUCUUGGACAUUGAGCAGGAGUCACAGACUGUAGAUCCUGACGUCAUUUGCAAGCUAUUACUCAAUCUUUCCAGCAGUAGCUCAGAUGACCAGGACAUACUCUUUACACUUGAGCCGGAGUUGAUGUUGAGAGGCAACGCCAUUUACAUCCCGAGAAUCUGGCCAGUUGACGGCCUCAACGAGCUCGCUGAUACGAGAUACAAAGACGUGUACGUGGAAACUUCUGCGACGAAUCCUUUCGCAGCGCUCGAUGAGCGUGGGAUACUUGCGAUUGAGCGGCCGUAUGGACAUACUCCAGCCAGUGAUCUGGAGGUGCUAGCAUCUUCUGUGCACGGCUUCCGUUUCCAAGGUGAAGAGAAUAUAAGGCAGCUCUGUAUCUCCAGGAAUGUUGCAGGCGAAUCAUCACUCACCCUCUCAGACGAGGACUCGCUUGAGAUUCUUUGGCAGUACGAGAAUGGCAAUGGAGGUAUCGGGUACCCUCAUCAGCUUCAAUUCCUGAUAACAUCGGCAAUUGCCGAGGCUACUCUUCGUAGCCUUUCGGGUCAUGUUUGGAUUCAUGGCGCACCUUCGUGGCUGCAAAAAGGACUGGAUCUUGCGGCCUCACGACGUGAUGAUAUCCAGUUGUUCAACACAACAUCUGAUCGUGAGAUAGUCACGGGGAACACCAACUUCCUCCAUCCUUUCGCUACCGAGCGUGACCUUGUUCUGGUAAAGCCGAAAGACAUUGCGGCAUUCGUUUGCUUGGAAGAUUCGCAGCAGGAUCACAACUUGGUCGGCUUGGUUCGCAGCAUCUGGCCCAGUAUCCGCAUUGAGCUGCCAGUUCUAUCAUUGAAUAGUUUCGAUGGUGUCGUCUUCAACGGGCUCAGCAAGCCCAUGUUCGUUGACCUUGUGAAGUGGCAUCUCAGCAGUGGCACUCUUGUUUCUGAGAAUUUAGCAGAAGGAGCCGUUAUCCCCGUUGAACAUAUCUCCAAGAAGUCCCCAUCAUCCAUUUUGCCAACAAGCGUCCUCGACAGAACGACAACAACAACCAUCACGGCCAAGCUCCUUCCGCCAGAUCACGAUGGUAUUUUCUCCAGUAAGAAGACAUAUCUUCUGCUUGGCCUCGCCGGUGAUUUCGGUAUAUCAAUUGCAUUGUGGAUGUUUGAUAGCGGAGCUCGCCAUGUUGUGCUGGCAUCUCGAAACCCUGUUGUUCUUCAACCGGUGGUGGAUCAUGUUGCCGCAACUCAUGGUGCUACUUUACGCUUCAUGGCUAUUGAUAUCUGCGACGAGGGCUCACUAUCAGCUGCGUGGGCCGAGAUUCAUACAUCGAUGCCCCCUGUUGGCGGUAUAAUGAACGGCGCGAUGCUUAUGCGAGAUCAACUAUUUGCAGACCAGCCAUGGUCAGACUUUUCAGCUGUCAUGGGCCCCAAGGUCAGAGGAACGCAGAACCUUGUUGCGCUCCUCGACAGAGAAGUCGCACCAGAGCAGCUAGACUUCGUUGUCUUCUUCUCUUCUGCAGUUGCGGUUGCUGGAAACGGGGGCCAGACUGCAUAUGGCUCAUCGAAUUGGUUUAUGCAAGGCACAGCUAGCAACAUGCGACAACGUGGUUACCCCGGCUGUGUUGUCCACAUCGGAGGUGUCAGUGGACUGGGCUAUGUUCAGCGACAUGAGAAGCGCAAGAUGCUUGAAGACUCAUUGUAUUGGCUUAUGUCUCCUGUCAGUGAGACCGAUCUACACGAUAUGUUGGCUGAGGUUAUUGCGGGCGACCGACAUGAUCUCAUUACAGGUAUUCGUGGUGAUAUCCGGACCUACACAUGGCGAGAACAACCGCGAUUAUGGCAUUACCUCCAGUCCGAGGACGACAGCAAUGAUGAAACUGCCAAAGAAGGCAGCAGUGCAUCUCUCAAAAUCCAGCUUGCUUCAUCUGUUGCUGAUCCAGAUGCUUGCCUCGACCUCCUCCUUGGUGGCUUUACAUCGGCAUUGUGUGGAAUGUUGCAUAUGAAGCCAGAGGAGCUUGACACCAAUGUCCCUGUUGCUAGUAUUGGUAUUGAUUCACUUGUGGCUGUCAGGGUCAGAGAAUGGUUUAUGCAGCAAGUUGGUGUAGAGGUGUCUGUUUUAAAGGUCAUGUCUUUAAAUACUCCUUUACUUGCUUUGUGUAAGGAUGUUUUGGCUAUAUGGAGGAAACAGGUAAAAGCUUAA